AUGGCGCUGGCGCCUCUUCGUCAAAAUGGUGCUGGCGCCUCUUCGUCAACAUGGCGCUGGCGCCUCUUCGUCAACAUGGUGCUGGCGCCUCUUAGUCACAAGGUCCGCAUGCGUGGACCCUCGAAAGUCAACGGUCCUUGCUCCGCACCCAGAAGAGAUAUAUACAUGUCCUAUCGCUCAAGUAAAAAUUGCCUCUCAAGAGUCACCCUCAUCAAGAUCCAUCGGCCCAGAUCCAUCUUCAUCUCCCUCACUACCACCUGGCUGCGCCUCUCUGAAGGCAGGCCAACCAUAAUCACUUGCGGAGUCACCAGUGCUGGAGUGUCCUGA